AUGGCCAUGGGUGAUGAUGAAGGAGAAAAGUUCCUGCAGACUUUGACACAUAUGCUUUCCCAGAAGGGCAUCUGUACUGCUUUCACUCUUUAUCCUUUCCUGGAGAAAAUCUCAUUCAACAACACCGCUGGGGACAAGGUGUCUUUUGAUGAAAAAGGUGAACUGAUAGCUGAAUUUGAUAUCAUCAACUGGGUUACUUUCCCCAACCAAUCACUCUCAAAAGUGAAAGUUGGAAGAAUGGAUCCUCGAUCUACACUUGAUAGACAGUUAUCCAUUAAUGAGGAGAGCAUUACAUGGCACAGCCACUUUAACAAGACUAUACCCAUUGCCCUGUGUAAUCCCCCCUGCCUUCCUGGCUACAUCAAACAAAAGAAGGAAGAGGCACCAUUCUGCUGUUACACAUGUGAUGAAUGUUCAGUAGGGAAUAUUUCUAAUGAAACAGACAUGAAUGACUGUUUCAAAUGCUCAGAAGAUCAAUAUCCAAACAAGGAGAGAAAUGACUGCCUGCCCAAAAAGUUGACCUUCCUUUCUUAUCACGAACCCUUGGGCAUCUUCUUGGGUGUUCUAGCACUACUGUUUUCUCUAACUACAGCUUUGGUGUUUGGAAUUUUUAUGAAGAACGGGAGCACCCCCAUUGUCAAAGCUAACAAUCAGGACCUUACCUACUGUCUGCUCAUCUCCCUUCUGCUCUGUUUCCUCUGUUCCCUGUUGUUCAUUGGCCAACCCCAUGGAAUGACCUGCCAACUACGACAAACUGCUUUCGGGAUCGUCUUCUCAGUGGCAAUGUCUUCUCUCUUAGCAAAAACCCUCACGGUAGUUCUAGCUUUUAAGUCCACUCAGCCAGGAUCCAAGAUGAAGAAAUGGCUUGGGAAAAAGUCCACAACAUUUGCUGUUCUCUGCUGUUCGUGUAUUCAAGCAAGUCUUUGCAUGGUAUGGCUAUGCACUGAUCCACCGUUCCAAGACUUGGACCUGAACUCUCUACCAGAAGAAAUAGUUGUGGAAUGUAAUGAAGGUUCAGCACAGAUGUUCUACUUUAUUCUUGGUUAUGUAGGUUUGCUGGCCCUUAUCAACUUCAUUGUAGCUUUCUUUGCUCGCAAACUCCCAGAUACUUUUAAUGAAGCCAGAUUUAUUACUUUUAGUAUGCUUGUGUUUUGCAGUGUGUGGGUAUCCUUUGUCCCAACCUAUCUAAGCACCAAAGGGAAAUACACGGUGGCUGUGGAGAUCUUCUCUAUCUUGACCUCCAGUGCUGGAAUACUGACUUGUAUCUUCUUCCCUAAAUGUUAUAUAAUUGUCUUGAGACCUGAACUUAAUACUAAGGAACAGCUAAAAAGAAGAGGGAAAAACUAA